UUGCGAUAGUACAAUACGACACACGCAACACACAUACAGGAGAUAUUCGUCCGAGACUAGAAGAAGGAAAAAGGUUGAUUUUUUCACGCGUAAAAUUGUUUGUGUUAAAGGAACAAAAAGGAGUGGAAACCCGUCAAAAACUGUGCUCGGAAAAGUGGUCCAUCUUCGGAAUCCACUUACAGUUGACUGAAGCCGCGGCCAGCUGGUCUUUUUUGGUCGGAUGUCCCCAAAAGUGCACUGCUAGCAGGAAAAAAUGUGAAGCGAACUCAUCCGAAAAAUAGUUUUUUCAUUGACUCGAGGAAGUAAACAUAUCUGGUGCUAGCGGGGGAGAGUUUGUAAUAGUGACAAAAGCGGAAGAACAAAAGGGUGUGUGUAAUAGUUGUGUGAGAGUGAUUUUGGAAGGUUGCGAUGGCCAACAGCGACGACCAAUGGCUGAAAGAGGAUGGUUAUUUGAACGUCGAUACCGAAUCGGUCCGCAUUGUGUAUCAUCCGUUCCUGAACGUGAUCCUCGUGUUCGCGCGGUCGGGAGAGAUCAAAGUGCUAGAUGUCAACUCCGGAAUAAUCCUUCAGAGCUAUCGGAUUUCGGAAGACCUCCCGGCCAAUUGCCGCUACCUACCCGACCAGGAUAAGAUAUUGUUCUGGAAUGGGCGCAACAUUUCGAUGCGUGGUGAUUACAAUGGGGUUCUUCUACUGGACACCAUUCUACAGGCACCCAUCGGCCAGGCUGACGAUAACAUUCGAAUAGAACUUCUUCUCUCGGAGGCCGUCCUUUUCCUUCAAUGUCUCCAAAAUCUAGAGCAGCACGGUUUGGAGAAUACUGCUGAUGUAACAAACGAACUGACGCUUAAAAUUGGUGAAGCACAGCAGCAUGCAAAGCGGGGUAUAAAAGCGCAAAAGUGGGAAACAAUCUGCUUGGAACUGCCACAUUCUUCGGUGCGGAUGGUCGCCGGCGGAAUGGUCAUGCAAUUGAAGCGGCUGGAUAGACAUAUCCCUGCGUUGUCGAUUGCAUCCGCCAUCAACGAGCGGCUAACGGACCUACUGGAAGGGGCUCGUGUAACGGAACCUUCAGCACUGAACCGAUUCCAUAUGUUUUCCGAAGCAACCAGAAGACAUACCUUCGAAGGAUGGCCCCACAUGGACUAUAAGUGGGUGCUACCGGAUCAAAUGGCUCAAGCCGGUUUCUACCACUUUCCGGGGGACAAUGGAAACGACGAUCGAGCCAUGUGUUUCACAUGUAAUGUGUGUUUGGUUUGUUGGGAGAAAACCGAUGAGCCCUGGAGUGAGCAUGAACGUCAUUCGCCUGAAUGCCCAUUCGUGAAGGGUGAAUUCACCCAGAAUGUUCCACUGUCGGUAACGUACGCCACGAGUCCGGCGGUUUCCACCGACGGAUUUAGCAUUAUUUCCACUGGUGAUCGGGGCAAUGUCUUCUGCACGGGUAACGCCUCUGCGGAUGUCACCGUGUGGAAUAUCGAGCGACAGUUGAAGAAAGUUUACGAUUUUAAGGUGAAACUACAUCCGGACAUUCUAACCACAACCACCAUUAGCUCCGAUGCAACGGUGAACGGGAUCGAGCUAACAGCACUUGCCACAUAUUACGUGAAACCAGCAGGAGCAACCAGCAAACCGAAAGCCACUCUUUCUUUGAAGCCAAAAAUGCUCGGAACCAAGAUUAUCUGUGGAAUACGAGUCAACAGCACAGAACCAGAGGUAGAUCCAGACGAAACCGAGACAACGCUACUCUUGAUUGUGUACAACAUAGAGGACAUCUGCAACUCAGACGAAAACCUGGCAAACCAAGGCGGCAUCAAGCAAACAACUGUAACGAAUGCGUCCGGUGGGAGCAGCAUCCCACCGGCGAAGAAAUCCUCACUGAGCACUAUCUAUGAGAAGUACGAAGAUGAUUUCAUCAAGUUUCUUUCGCAGAGCAAAGAUUCGGAAAUUUUAUCAAUCGAUAAGUUAAUGCAUAUUGAUGCUCUGAAGAAGGAUGAAGCAUUGCUGAGCCAGCAGUUUGGUGCCAAACUAGACGAUACGCUGAGCAAACUCAUUGAGGCUUCCGCGACGUCGGACAAACUGGCGGUUGAGGAUUUCCCGUUGGUGGCUAAGCCAUUGCCGAUGAAUUUAGGCCACGCAACAGUGAAGGGUCCAACCAGCUUGGUUUUCUCACCGUUGGAUUGCAGCGGCGGAAACUCGACCGGUCAGAUUUUGCCCAUUAAGAAAUUGCUGCCGGGAAGUUUGAGUGGUAAUAGCAUCGGAAGCACUACGGGUGCAACUCUUGCCAGCAGCAGUAACGUGACCACCACCCUGUCCACGGCUACAAGUUUCGUUUCGUCCAGCUGUGACAUCAGUUGUAUUCCUCUGCAGUACAUCGAGAUUCCUCCGAUGUGCACCGAGUCGUAUGAUAACUACCAUAUUGCGGAUGUCAUUCCUUCAAGCGACAACAAGCACCUGCUUGUGGUGCUACGGCUCAAGCAAAAGGAAAAUAAAGAAAACAAAUCAAGCAGGCAGGAUGAAAAGAAGAAGGACGAAAAAACGGACAAUGGAAUGGAUGUGCAAGAGGAAGAAAUACCCGAGGAGAUUGAGGAGGAAGAUGAGUGGAGAACGAUUCUUUACUUGUACUAUCUGAACGAGGAAGGUUUGAUAAAGACUAAUGAUCCACUUGUGAAAUGGCUGACAGAUGAGGAGAGUCCGAACGAGAUUGUGAUGAUGCCGAAAUGUGACGGCAACGCACUGUGUUUCGGAGGCCCCGAAACGGAGCAUGGUAUUUUCGUUAUGACAUGUGAGGAUGGCAAGCUCAGGAUUGUCUCGAUGAAAACGUUAAACAUCAUAUCCGAAGCGAGCGUGAAAGAUGAUAACUUUGUUUCGGCGAUAUACUGCAAGAGUUUGGAGAGGCUGUGCGGUUGCACAGCCAAGGGCUGCCUACAUUUCUACUCUUUCUACGAUUUGGACGCCGAUUCAAGCGAUGAGCGGGAUGACGACGUAAAUGUGAUCAUAAGUAAUAACAAACUCGUCGCGGGGAGUGACCGAAUCCCGAACAGCUCAUCGGAAGCGUCUGCAUCGUCUACCGCUACGAAUAUGUUGAAAUUUGAGGCUACUCCGUCAACGUCAUCCUCUCCCGCACAGGCUCCAAUAAUUACUGCUGGAGGCGCGAAUUCUUCUGGGGAUACAUGUGAUCUGUUGUUGGCGUACAAACCGGAGCUAUCCGUCAAUACGCUGAAAGUGCUGUACUCACUGACGUUGUUCAAUGAAAUGCUAACGCCGUACUCAGCCGAAGUUCCAGGUUGUUGGAGCGAGCUUGAGCAGGCUCAGAAGCAGCGGAGACAUCCGCAGCAUCUACGGCCGGGAGAUGAUACACACCUAACCAAGACAUGGAGACUGCACAAUGAUGCCACCAACUGGGAUGAACAUCUCAUUGAGCUGAACCUUCCGAAAUGCACUUCUCUAGGUCACAUUGAUUUCAAGUUUUCGCUAUACCAGCCAUGCAGCAAUCCACCGGCGAUUCAAGUCACCCUGCUGAAGCAAAAAUCUAUCGGACUAUGCUCACGGCGCAAAACGCAAUCCAUCAAUCGUGUGGAUGAAUCCAUCAAUUUUAACAUUGGUUCCAGCGAUGGGAAAAAUUCGAUUGAAAAUCCCGUUCUCAGCGAGGAGUACCUGCAGGCAAGAAACGCUGAAAUUCUCGUUGGACCGAUUGAGCUGGCAUCGUGUAUGGAUUUGAGCGAACAAGCUGGCUCGGUUACACUGGCCAGUCCGAAGUUACUGAAAUCGAAAGGUCGCAACUAUCUGUUGCACAUCAAAACGAUGACCGAUCUUUCCAAAGACGGGCAAGCUAAAACAAGAGUUCCAGUGCGUAAGAAGGGCAUAACCAGCAUCCUGCUAACAUCAUUCGCAAAUAUCUCGCAACAAAAUCACGGUACAGCUUCGAACCCCGCAGCCGCAGCAGCAGGUGCGGCGGGUGCAGGUGCUUCGGGUAAGGAUGGCGUCAGCUUUUUCCCCGAUUCCGCCAGCCACAAUAAGCCACGCAAAAAUGACUUUUACAUAGGCUGCGACUGGUUGAACGAGAUCUCGAUCACGGUGCGUUCCACACGACAGGUGUACAAGAUCGAAAACGAACGGACCCAACGUUUGGCCAUGCUAGAGUCCAACCUGCUGCUGGAAAACCUCCUCAAGCUGCUAUAUAGCGAUGAUGAAACUAUUCAGGCGCAACACAAUUUGAUCUUCGAUGUGCUCAUGUGGAUUGUUUCAAUUCGGAUGAUGCGAUAUCGCUACCCGAGAAAUCCGUUUGCGAAAAAGAAUCUGCCAGCGGGGCUUAAAGAUGUGGCAUCCGGUGACAUCAAUGUCCAGCAGUCGGAGUGUAUUCAGAUAAUCAAACGUCAUCUGGUGGAGGUGAUUCGGAAUUGUAUCGUGCUGGGCAAUCGAAGUAUUGCCCACAAGUGUGUUAAGUUUGUUACCGUUGCACUGGAGGGAGCCCAAAAUAUGACCGACAAGGACAUGUGUAACUCGUUCGAGAAAACGCUCAAGCAGGCAAUCAUCAGCUGUUUGCCGGAGAUUGUCAACUGCAAGCAUGCAGGGGCACUGCGUUGGUUCACACUGUUCAUAUCGGGUACCUCGACGUGCGAUUCGCACGGUCCCAUCUCGGAAAAGUGUAUCUCUCUGCUGAAAGAUGUCGCAAACGAGAUGAAGAAACGAAGCAAUCCAUACACUGCGCUAUUGCGGACCCGUUUCGGGCUGUACGGAUCACCGUUCGAGUCGGAAAUCUUCGACUCCCAGCCGUUGACGUCCAAGAACACCAAUGUAACGUACACAUGUUCGAUUACCAAGACCACGGGCACCGGCGCCAAUAAUCAGUCGACUGAUUUGCGCUCCGUCUGUGUCGCCGAUGGAUCUGAACUGAAGUUUCUCCCCCUGCAGCUGAGACGCAAAGGAAUCGGGAAUCACUUCAAGGGUCUGCUCGAGGUGGAACCGCUGCACUAUGUGUGUAGUUCCACGUCGGAUGCGACCCGACUGGAGAACAUCGACGCUAACAACAUCCAAGCAACGAACAUUAUCGAUGAUUUCCUGAUGGAGAAUAGCACACAGAAUAAUAUCGAAACCGUUCAGAACCAUAUUAAACAGGAGGAAAAGGAAAAUCUAGAUGAUGACAUGAUGAACAAUGUGAAAAACAUUCUGGUGGACAAGAUCUUUUACUCGGCACUGAAGAAACAUAAAAUGAAGGACGAUUUUAACGAGGCAAAGGCAACCACGGAAGAAAUCGAUUCCCAGAACGUAAACUUUGACAUCGAAACCUGGGGACCCUCGAACGAACCGAGGAUUGUGUUCGGCGGUGGAAAUGGAAAUGAUCCGACGAUAAUUGACGACAACUCGCAAGCGUCGAUGUCUUUGAACAACAAAAUUCAGGAAUUUUUCGAGGAUAACAAUGCGGACGAGAAUGCUAACGGAUUGCCGUGGCAUAAACUGUUGAGCACUCCGCCGAAGCAGACGAUUGUGGUGGAGAGGAUGCAUUCGGGAGCGAUGCGCUACAUAACGCUCGAUUUCGGAGCACCUAUUAUGUUGACUGAUUUGAUCAUUCCAGUGUGUUCGGAUUUAGCUUCGCUAUUCAUUGACAUAUGGUGCUUCGAGGAGGAAGCCGACAGUGUGCGUUUGGUGGUUUCGCAAGAUAUAGGAACGCGAACGUUGGUGCUGAGUGAUCUUCAGCCGCCACCAAUUUGUCGCUAUCUGAAGAUAACCAUCACCGGAAGGUACGGCAUGUCGGCAACGCGAUGCAGAAUUCCCAUGGGUUCGUUCUAUGGUCACAUCGUGAUUUUAGACCGCGAAGGAUAUGCCGAUCCCGUCAUGAAAUAUUUGAAAAAUAAGAAAAGUAAUCUUACGGCACAGAUGAAAAUCCUGAAGGCACUCUACGAAGAUGUCCACUGUCGGUAUUGCUUGUCCAGCAGUAAACUGAUGGAUCUACUCCAACCCCUGAUAAACAGCGAGUCUUCGAAUAUUGCCCACAUGCAGGCAUUCCUGAAUCGGAUAAAGGAGAACAGCAACGAGCAAGCUGGACCGAGCCAUUUGGGUGGUGGAUCCUAUCAGGACAACCAAAAAGUUUACGCUGUAUACGAAGAGUGCAUGGCAUUCCAGCAUCAGUUGAACGUUAUCCAACGAGUGAUUAAUCGCAUCAAAGGACCAAUUCCUUCGGCGAGCCUUCCGAAACCACUCAAGCCGGGAGCGGAUCUUUCGUCAAUCUACACCGACAAGCUGCGCGUCCUGAGCGAAUGUCUCAUAGAAACGCUUCUCCAUCUCAUCACAACCUAUGGCGUGCAGAACGUGGCAAACAUUUAUCCUUACUUCGAUCUGGAAACUUGCAAUCUUCUAUUUGACACGCUGGCCAUCAAUGGGGACACCCACGUGCAACUGGCGACAUGCUCGAUGCUGGUGCGAAUAUGCUGCUUCCAGCCGUGGUGGGGAGAAUUUCUCGCGGAAAAGUUCCUCAAACUGUUCUCGUCCCAAAAUAGUUGCAUCUUUCCCCAGGAUCGGGUCUUCUUUCUGUUGACCUAUCUCGGUCGGAAGAGCAUCUCAAUGGGAAGUUGCCGUGCCAACGUAAUCGAUGCAAUUUUGAAGAGUCUAGCUACUCUGUUGGCCCCGCUGUCGCAGAAUAGUGCUAGUGGAUUGAACAUCUGGUGCAAUACGGAUCUGAAUCUGCUGGGAUGGAUAUUGCUUUUUCUGUCCGUUUGUCUAGACGAUGGAAUCAUGGAUGGGAAGAAGGACCAGAGCAACUUGCGAUGGGAUUUUAUGUCCGGUGAGACGGAUAUGGUGAAGGCGCGACUGAAUAUUGGUAACGGUGGCUUGAGAACGCUUACGAGAACUUUCAAGAAACGAUACCUCCAGAGUAAGCAUUACAGUUCCAGUGGGAACAGCAACGCAGUGGCGGAGAAAAUGUACAUGAUGAAUUCGGAUGCCCUGCAGGGAACCGCUAGCAAGCUGGAGAUGGCCCUCAAGCAGCAUGAAAAUCAGCUGAAGAAGCUACAGAACAGUGUGAAACAAUCGUUCGGUGAUUACUUCAAUGAGAUCAAUAAGGUCAAAGCGACACGGCUGUCGAACGGGGAUGGGAUCCAGAAGGGUUCGGCAUCCGGCAGUGGAAGUGCCAGCGGGAGUAAUUCCAAAGAUAACAGUUCGGACGGAAGCGCUAACGACAACGAGACGGCUUUCGAUAAGGGUUUAAAAACGUUAAAAAUAGGAAAUAUCAUAGUGGUGAUUCGUGGGCUGAUCGGUCUUAUUUUGAGUAUGGAUUUUACCUGUAAUAUGGACUUGUUUUUGAUCACUUGUAAGAUCAUCGCUCGGCUGGUGUUAGCCUGCAGACCCGUUGUGCAGCUGUCGAAGAUUAUCACCACCAAUCAGUUGCUGCAGUUGGUUCGAAUUGCGGUUUGGGAAAAUCAACAGCAACCAUGGGCUGUCCACGCUAUAACAUGUCUGCUUCAAGACGUGCUAGAAGCGGAUAAGAAUUACAAGGACGAAGAGAACGACUCUGGUAACUCUUCCGGAGACGAGGCUACGGCCUCCUCGGAAUCUUCAUCAUCCAUUCGUCCACCGGCACCCCUCGAUACCGCAUUCAAACCAGUAAUGCAAAGUAUGCAGGUCACAAAGGAUAUUAGCUACGCGGACGCUGUCAAGAAUCAGCUGCCCUCUCUGAUGGAAUGUGAUGACGCCGAUAUGGAAGACAUUCUCAUUCUGGACGAUAUGCUGGAACGAGAAAAACGGAUAUUCAAGAAAGACACCAAUGCGAAUAAUUCGAGUGGAAAGAAUGGGCUCACAUUUUUGUACAAUAUUGCUUCCAGAACCGUUUCCACCGCGAUGGAUGCUCGAUUAGAGACCGGACUGGACACAAACGUGGAAAUAACGCUGAGACGACUGGCGUUGAAGGCUACCUUCAAUAUGAUCGCAAGUCUCCCGCAAAUGGUUGUGACGGAUCCGCUGAGCUUGAACAAUGUCGAGCUAGCCGCCUGGCCAGAACCAAUCGUGGACGCUUGGUCCGGAGCGGAAUACCAGCAGGGAUUGGACACCAACACGAUGCUCACGGAAGUGUUCGAUAAUAUUUUAUGCGAUCUUCACCUCGUUGACUCGUGGCUUAAUCUGGAGAAGAUACUUCAGCUUUGGUUGACCUUGAAUGGGGAAACACUGGAGCAAGUUCCGGGCAAUAGUGGGACCGGUCUUAAUGCGUACUCCUUUCCUAAGAUCCCCUUCGGUGAUAGAGCUGUUCAUGGUCUACUGAAGGCGUUGGCUUCCCAUCCGAAUAUAAAGCUACGCGCGUGGUGUCUCGGCUUCCAGUGCCUGAUUCUGGCGUGUAAGCCCCAUUUCGAAGCGGAUUAUAUAGAUGCCAACUCGACCACCAGUGACAACCAUUUCCGCAAGAUGGGUAAUCUGAUUGUGACCGAUGAAAACUUUGAAAAAAUGCUGCUGCGGUUUUUCUCCGGGGUGGACCAAUCAGUUUCGUCGUUGGAUAGUAAUCGAUAUGCUGGACCCACCGUUUGCAAGCUUGUGCUGGAAUUGUUUAUUUGGCUAGAACUGAAGUGCAACGUUAAGGAGAAACUGAAGGAAAUUUUGCUAAAGGUAAUCCUACAUUUGGUGCAAUUUGGAGGUGCCAUCUCUAACCAGCAAGGCCCGAUUGAUGCCCAGAGCCAGCUCAUUAAAGAAUUGCUAUCCUUCUCGUACGAUAAAAGUGAUCUCGGAGUGGCGAUGAGCAUUAUAGAAUGUGUUUCUCAUCUCGUGUACAACAAUAUCGUGAACGUGGAAAAACUCUACUGCUAUCGGGCGUCCGAGACGAGCAACUCGACUAACAUUUUCGGUACCCGUUUUGGCAGCCUGUUCGCUACCGUGCUCGGUUCGGAGAAUGCUCGCCAGUGUAAAACCGUAACCGACAGCACCCUGCUUAUCGACCUGCUGAAGCUUGCAUCCAUCCUGGUGUAUACGAAAAAUCCCCGCUCUGGAGAAGACAACACUGCGUCGUCAGCGCAUGAGAACGUUCCAUUCAACAAUGAACUGGACACUUCCAACGAGAGCCAAACGGACGAGAUAAAAGCCGAGCAGCAAAACAUCGAGCCCAGGCCGAAGACUCCCUGCUUUGCGGACACCGUGCUGCAGCAUAGUCCCACCAUGACGCGACUGUUUAGCUCCCUGUCGCACUGCUCUAAUUCGUCGUUCGCAAUGCUGGUGGCGUCUUCCAUGUAUUCGUCUACGAUGAGUGAUUCUAAAAGUAAUACGCUGAGCGAACCGCAAACCGUGGCCGACGCCGUGUUCCAGCUGCUACUGUACCUAAGCCGAACGGCAACUCAAAGUAUUCUCGUGGUAAAACCGUUGUUCGACUACAUAAACAAUGCCACAAGUAUGCGACAUGCUAUGCCCAAGCUACAAAUGUCCGAACCGUUCCUGUGGUUCAUUCUCAAAGUGCUGGAAACAUCUUCGUCAGUUGCGAUAUUCACUGAGAUGGGCGGUAUCAAGGUACUGUGCGAGAGUCUGGUGAGAAGCAACCGCGCGUUGAUCAACACACAACCAAGCCUCGUUUCGAUGAUCAUGCAGCGUUUGUCGAAAUCAUCCAACAUGCAAGUCAGUCCCUCCAGUAGUUCAUCGAAGAAAAGCUCGAUCGCUGCCACCCGUAAUGAGGAUGGCUUAAUAAAUUUUGCACCUUAUUGUACAAUCUCUUCGGAGAACCACACCGCUCAGCCAGCGGAUAUGCUAAUCCAAGCGCCUAUAGCGUCUCAUCGGAGGGCUCGCAAUCCCGCCUGGAGUUACUUGUUCUAUCCAAAUGAAUCACACGUUGAUCUUACGAUCACUCUGCCGACGGCAGUUCUGCUGAAGGAGGUCCAACUACAGCCUCAUUUGUCCACCCUUGCGUCGUGUCCAUCGGCAGUAGCCAUAGAAAUAACCCGGGACAGCAAUCUUGGCCCUAUUCCCAUCACCCAGCCAAUGUCCACAGUGGGAAUGACGUGCAUUCGAUUGAAGUUCGCCCAACCGGAAAUCGCCACAAGUGUAAUCAUUCGGUUGUAUCGACCGCGCGAUGCGUCGAACAUUGGACUCACGCAAAUAUCGGUCCUCGGAACGACAACAUUUAGCGACGUGAAUUACGCAACAGGAGCGGGCCCAAGCUGGGCCAAUCCUCCCAGCGGUGGUGGCAUUGUGAAGUCCGCUAGUGACAGCUUGAAUGAGUAUCACAAUGAUGACGAUAAGAUUGCAAAGACCAGUCUGGGAUGGUUGCGCAUCCUCGCGCAGUGCUUUAGCGUUGUAAUUUACGCUUCGGAUCAGGAGCUCUCCAAUCGCGUAAUCAUGGCUACCACAGAAGUUCCAGGCUUUCUUGAAGCAUGCUGUUCACUGUUAAAUAUCGCUCCAAGCAGUCCGAAUUUUGCACUCCAAAAUCUCGAAACAGUGCUAUUGAAGCUGGGCUUGCACAGUAAAGAGUUUGGGCUUAAGUUGAUCAACAUUUUGCUGAAGGAAAGCAUUCCGCAAACUUUCCAACUGUGCAACGAUUCUAUUUCGGACCUUCUGUAUCACUUAUGUACGACCCAAAAUGAUUACACUCGGGAUCGGCUUGAAGCCCUACUGUCCUGGGUUCAGAGUCUUUUCGGACGGUAUCAGCAGAACCAGUCAAACCGGUUCGUACUGCACGCAACGAAUCCUUACAGUGGAUUUAUUAAAUGUUUAGCCUCGAUACUGUGGCAGGCAUGUGCCUUGGAUCUGAUACCGAAUCUCUCAACAAUGAUCACCAAGGAACUUUUCGAAACGCUGUACGAGUGGAACCAAGAGCUGGAGCACAAUGAACCGCUGAAGAAAGCAAUUGACUCGGUUCUCUGUUCGAUCUGCUGUAUUCGUCCGGAGCUGUUUACGAUGCUGUUGAAGCGGAUGGGAGUUUUGGUGCCGAAUUUGUCAACCGAUUUGACUGCCUCCAUCUCGGACGAUCGCAAAGAUGGCGAAUGCAUUACCGAUGACAUCAAACAGGAGGAGUCGGACGCAGCCGAGUGGUACAGUCAUUUGGUGAUUGAAGAUCUGUCUCGGUUGAACUUGACCAAGUCGCAACUGGCAACCAUUUCGAUUGCCUGCCAAUCGCCACUCGCCGUGCAGCAGUUGAUUGAUUCCGGUUUGCCCAAUUUACUUACGUCGGUAGUGCUGGAGUUUUGCCAUCGUGCAAUGAAUGGUGGUGGUGGUGGUGUCAGCCAGAGCCAGAGGGAAAGGUCUCCUCCGGUUGUAAGAGACAAUCGAGCAGUGUUUGAAGAAGAGCAAGCUUCAGCUGCUACUGCUGCUGCCGCCGUCAACGAUUCAUCGGCUGACGAAGCUGAUUCCUGUAUGACUGAUGCCGACAAAGAGCAUCACAAGUACUCCAGUGGUUGUUCGAAGGACGUUGUCUAUCCUAUGGUGAACAUUCGGAAAGUUACCGAAAUUUUAGCGUUUUUCACGGAGAUCUGCUCAGAAGGUCACAUGCGUGAUUGGCUCGGUUGCUUCGAAGGGUCCAUUUUCUGGGAACCAUUACUGCUAUUGCUCUGCAAUAACAAACUAGCAAACAUUUCACCCGAAGUGACACCCCAAGCGUGCCUCGACCUGGAAGAAUGCCUCAUAAAGUUCCUCUCCAAAGUUACAUCUUGCCAUCCGAAGAAUCAAGAAGUAUUGACGUUGAAUCUGAUUGCUGUUAUCCGCAAGUCUGAUAUGGGUAACGUUACGAAUGGAGGGCCGUUCGUCAGCAAUAUGACUCCGACUGGUUUCAGCAGCUCGAAUAAUCGCGUCACAAAUGGUGGCAAAUCCUGUAUAUCGGGCUUCACGCGGCGAUUGGUUCUUCAAAUUUUACUCGAAAGCGAGCGGAUCAUGGUGGCUGUCAGGAGCGACUUGCCACUGGUGAACAAGGACCAAAAUCUGUACAACAUCAGCAAUCAUCCCUCGAAACGACCAAAUGCUCACUUUUUGCUGUUCAAUGUGAGCACAAAUUCCAAGUGCCAAGCGAUACUGGAUAAUUAUGCGACAGUUUACAGCCAAAUGAUGCCGACCCUACCGUUCGAUGGUCGUGAAGCACUGGCGGGGCUGUCGAGUGGUUCGCAAGUUCCGUUGGGUAGUGACAGUCGUAGGGAACUGUGGGAGAUGGGAUUAGGUAUGGAGUUCCUCAGCGUGGCUGCCGGGGUAACCGCAAAAGACAAACGAAUGAAGGAAGCGAAGAAUCAGGCGACAACCAUGAAGCAGAAAGAUAUUCUCUCAAUGAUCAGCAACUUGAAGAUCGACGGCACAAAAUUGAACACUGUGGAUGGUAUAGCACUCACACACAGCGCUGUUCCCAACGGUGUAAUCACGAGCGAUACCACAAUUUCACAAGUCCUAGCUAUGUUGAAGUCGGUUGGCAUAUCGCUCUCAACGCCUUGCGUCAACUUGAACCUGGUCGAAGUUAAAAACAAGCCGGACCUUGAUCUGACCUGCGAAAGCAGCAGUUCAUCGUCUUCGUCACCAUUGCUCAAGGCGGCAGAUUUCAUUCCGAUCCCAUCGCCACUGCAGAUAUUCUCCAGCCACGGAGGACUUUCGCUAUUGGCACAUUAUCUGCCAACGGUUUAUCCUGAGUCACCCAAGGCCCAGCAUCAGUUCGGCGAUAAGGACAAGAGCCCUCCCGGUGGGGACUGGGUGAAGGUCGAACAGAACGAGGAAAUUUACGAGGACCUGGACGAUAUUUUGGCAGAUUCUUCCCCAAAAACACAAGUCAUUUCAGCCGUUCCGCAGCAUUCGUUGGCAGCGUUCGCACUGUUUCUCAAAUUACCGCCCUACUCGGAGGUACUCCUGCGGGACAAGCUGCGGGCCCAGUGUUUACUUCGGUUGAUUCUGGGCGUGACCGGUGAUGGCGAAGGGAAUGAAAUAUACAGCCUUGCGCUCUCUUCUUCACUGCCAACCCUUCCGUUUGAAGUGUUCCGACAAUUGCUGGACAGCUCGCCUUUGACUACCGAUGAUGGAGUACUGCUCAGACGGAUGGUGAUAGAAAUCGGAGCGAUCCAUCUGGUACUGAACUGUUUGAGUAUUUUCACCCACCAUAACAGCGCUUACACCAGCAACUCCAAUUCGUCUGAUAAUAUUCAAUCGAGCACCAGCAACAAAACAGUACCCAGCACCUCCGGAAACGGCGCCGACGAGCAAGUCACAAACUCGGACGAUAAAAGUCAUAUGUAUUGGGCGAAAGGAACCGGUUUCGGUACGGGCUCCACCCAGCAAUCCUGGAAUGUGGAGCAAGCUUUACUCCGACAGAAAAGCGAAGAAGAGCAUGUAACCGUUCUGUUGCAGGUUCUUUCGAGCUACAUCAAUCCUGGUGACAAAGUUCCCUUGACGGUGGACAAUGAGCGCUUGAGCUAUCGCGAAUGUAGCGAAACUCUCCCCGAAUUGCCGCCAAUUUUUCUCGAUCUGCUACAGCACUCUUGCCUGAUCCCUGCGCUUAGCUCGUAUUUGAGGAAUGAUUCAGUAUUGGACAUCACAAGGCACAUUCCUUUGUACCGGGCUAUUUUGCAACUGCUUCGUGCUAUUUCACUCUCGAACCAGCUUGUGUCGUUACUGGUGAACAAGAAUAACGAGGGUAGAAUCUCGAUCGCUUCCCUGCUGUCCAACAUGAAGGCUUGCGUGGAUACCUAUGCGAGUCGAUUGAAGGUUAACAAGAAGUCAAAUCUGAAGGGUCAAACCCAGAAGAUUACGGUUAGCCUAGACGAUGGCGAUGACGAGGGGCUGGCACUGCUCAUUCCGGACAUUCAGGAAACUUCGCUGCUGGUACAAAAUGCAACCGACAUUGAAACCAUCGCGACGGAGGAGGAAAACAAGGAAUAUAUGCCAAGGCCGGUGGCAAAGUCCGUCGAAGAAAAAUAUAUGGAAUUGAUGAAGGCACUGCAGUUUGAUACGUUCGAAAUGAUCGCUGAAACGGAAAACGGCUAUCGGUUCACCAUCUCGCACCACUUUGAGUCAAACGUCCGGAUGGCAGGCGACCGGGGCCACCCGGGGCGAGUGAAACGGCUAGCACAGGAAACGGUCACCUUAUCUACCAGCUUGCCACUGUCCUACAGUAGUUCCGUGUUCGUACGCUGUGAUACCGAUAGGUUAGAUAUAAUGAAAGUAUUAAUUACUGGUCCGGCCGAGACGCCGUACGCGAACGGUUGCUUCGAGUUCGACGUGUACUUCCCGCCCGAUUAUCCCAACUCACCGAUGAUGAUCAAUCUGGAGACGACCGGCCGCAAUACGGUACGAUUCAAUCCGAAUUUGUACAACGACGGUAAGGUGUGCUUAUCGGUGCUGAACACCUGGCAUGGCCGACCAGAGGAAAAGUGGAACGCGCAUACGUCGAGUUUCCUGCAGGUACUCGUCUCAAUUCAAAGUCUCAUAUUAGUGCCGGAGCCAUACUUCAACGAGCCUGGCUUCGAACGAAGCCGUGGGACGCCAAGCGGGACACACAGCUCACGGGAGUACAACAGCAAUAUCUACCAGGCCUGCGUGCGAUAUGCUAUGCUGGAACAGCUGAAAAAUCCUUGCCCCUGCUUCAAAGAGGUGAUCCAUACCCACUUUUGGCUUAAAAGAAACGAAAUAUGUGCACAAAUCGAGGAGUGGAUCACGGAGCUGAGUAAACCAUUGCAGAAUGAGCGAACUGGGCGAACGAUUUCCUUCAACUCAAUGGUACUUCGGCGACAGUACCGUCAGUUGCGGGAAGAACUGGCGAAACUGGAACCACCCGAAGGGUUGGAAGAUAUUGACUACCCAUUCAACGCGGGUAUGACACCGACCACGCCUACGAUGCAACUCGGAGUUUGUGGUAGCACUUCUUCCGGUACGCCCUCUGAGAUAGCUACGUCCAUGGAGAAAGACAGUACAAUCGAUCAUCAGCCAUCGCUGGAUGUCGUCGAGUUAGAGCUACAGGAGGACGAAGUUGACGAAGUUAUUGUAAAAUCGGACAUCGAAGAAGUUGCUGGAAGUAGCAGCAAUGAUAAGGGGACUAACAUUCUGGAUGAUGUACCGGAUGACAGUACGGAUCUAUCACCAGAAGAGAUUGUUCUCUCGAUGGUGUGGUAAGUUUCACUGAUUGAUCUCUGUUCGUCUAUUGUAUGUCGCUGUGUUAUUGAAUGUUCAUCCUCUGGAACCGAAUCCUCAUCGGAACAUCGGACGCCAUUCGCCAUCAUCGCCGUGUGUGAUGGUGCAGGGUCUAAACGAAAGUUUUUUCGAUAAUUUUUCAGAUUAUAGGAAAACCAAUCGCCGAACGUGUAUAUCCAUCCCCACUGUAGUAACAAAAAUUGUUACGAAAUAAAAAAAGGCAAACGAGCUAGGAAAUAUUGCAUAUUGUUUUAGGAAAUAUAAGUUGUCAGUAAAUUCCAAGUUUAGACAUUACACACGAAAACUGAUUAGCGCAGGCUCCAUUGGCGGAAGAACGGACCCAAAUUAGAGAGUUAAGAAAGAGAGGAGCUUGAGUUAUCGAACGAUUAUCCAAAUGGAACAAUUUGAAUCCAGACAAAAAAAACUACAUAAAAUUUAGCCAUAACAAAUAACAAUAAUAAAGCGGAAAUGAUUCCAACUAGGUUUCUUCUACUGACUUGUAAGAAUAAUGUAUUUUGUUUAUUUAUUUAUUGUAUAACAAGCAAAUAUGCAAGGACUAUGAAACACCAACAGGAUUCGCCCUUGUAUAGUACAGUACAGAAUCAAAACGAUUUUUAAACAAUCUAAAUAGAGCAACACUAUUUUUAAGUUUAUUUUUAUUUUCCUUUUACCUUCUGUUGGAAAAAAUGCCUAAUACUUUUUCACAACGCAUUCACUUUUUGGAUUACGUUCCGAAGUUUGAAUAAUACUUUACAGCUUGAAAUGUGCUGUAUGCUUAAAUCUUCGUAUCGCCCCAGUGAAUUUAAAAUUUACACACAGAAAAAGAAACAGCCAGUCAGGAACGCGUUGCGUUGCGAUUUUCAAUGGGAAUCAAACAUCUCUAUCAUAGCAACUAGAGGAGGGGAAUGCAAGUGGAAGUGAAACCGAAAUUAUACAAACAUCUUAUAUGGAUAUCAUGUAUUGAAGUAGAAUUACUUAUUGAUAAAUUCAUUGAAUAAAACUA